GUUCACACUUCAGCUACGUUGCCACGUGUAGUACAGUUGUGAAACCAUCCAAUGUGUUGAAAAUUAAAAGAAAAACACUUUGAUACAUAUUUUGGAUUAUUUUUCUCAAAAAAAAAAAUAAUUUCAAUUAUUAUCCUACUGUUAUCAAUUAUUACAUAAUUUUGUUUUAAGAAAUCUGUCAGCCAUGGUGACUUUCACUCGGAUCGGUUUCCUGCUCCUGCAGCUCUCCUACGUCUUCGCAGACUCUCAAACUCGCUACAACAAGGGUACACCGCACGAUGUCGAAGACUGCAUGUUUAACAUCUGCGAACGCGUUGCCAAUUACCCGGAGGCGGAGGUCUCGAACUUGAUCCAGAAACACUCGGCGUUGCAGUCGUACUUCGGAGGGAGGAUCAUCCAGCCGUCGAGGGUGAUGUCGCUAGGGAGUAGGUACUACGACGAAGGGCCGACGCCCUUCUGCGAAACCAAAGACGUGUCGGUCGUCCCCAGGCAGAUGUCGGACAUUGAUGGGGCGACGAGGAUCAUCGCCAACGUCGAAGGGUUUUCCCAGGUGGUGACGUACCAGGUUUGCCGGUAUGAAAAUGGAGGACACUGCGGUCUGGAGAGUAUUGUUGGUUUUAAGGCGACCUGUUUGCAAAAAUUCAACGAUAUUAAGCUGGUGACGGUGAAUUAUCCGGAUGAGGGGUUGGAGUUCCGGACUUUUAGCAUACCGAGUACCUGUGUCUGCACUUACACCAGGAUUGACGUCUUUAUUUAAAUAUUUACACAAUAUUUUAUAUUUCAUUACCGCUUUGGAUGUACCUAAAUAAUAAUAAUAAACAAAAUUGGUCGAACAGUAAAA